CCCUCCCUCUAAAAGCACUCUGUGUGGGGAACAUGAGAGCCAGACCAAAGCUCAGAGCCCAGAGCUGUGGGGCGUACCAGGCUCAGCUGGACAUAACCCUAAAACUAAUCCAGAACCUGGACCUGAACCCAGCUGUGUUUCCUUAAAGAGCAACGAGUCGAAGGAUUUUGGUGUAAACUUUAACAAAAAACUGUUAUGUGACAAAGAGAUCAAUAAGAGGCCAGAAUCUCCUGGACCUGAACCCAGCUGUGUUUCCUUAAAGAGCAACGAGUCGAAGAGUAUUGAUUUAAACUUUAAAGGAUGUUCUUCUGCUGCUGAGAGAGUGGAGCAGGAGAGAGCCGAGGUUUCCACUGGUCAGUCUGCACAGCAACAUCAAACACACCUGGACUCUGUGGUUACGCGGCUGGAGGACAACAUCACCAUGUUUGUGAAGAACGAGCUGAAGAAGAUCCAGAAGCUUCUGAGUCCAGAUCACCCAGAAACUUUAAAGAGCCAGAUGGAGGAUGAGGAGAUGUUUGAAGGUGAGGAUGAAGAUGAAAGAAAGAGCUGCAGAGAAGCAUUUCUGAAGAUCACACUCCACUUCUUGAGGAGACUUAAGCAGCAUGAGAUGGCUGACCAUCUGCAGAGCAAAAUAUUUGCUCGACUCUGUAAACGUGAACUUAAAGCCCAACUGAAGCAGAAGUUCCAGUGUGUGUUUGAGGGCAUCGCUAAAGCAGGAAGCCCAACCCUUCUGAAUCAGAUCUACACAGAGCUCUACAUCACAGAGGGAGGGACUGCAGAGGUCAAUGAUGAACAUGAGGUCAGACAGAUUGAAACAGCAUCCAGGAAACCAGACAGACCAGAAACAACCAUCAGACAAGAAGACAUCUUUAAAGCCUCACCUGGAAGAGACGAACCAAUCAGAACAGUGCUGACAAAGGGAGUGGCUGGCAUUGGGAAAACAGUCUUAACACAGAAAUACAGCCUGGACUGGGCUGAAGACAAAGCCAACCAGGACAUCCAGUUCAUAUUUCCAUUCACUUUCAGAGAGCUGAAUGUGCUGAAAGAGGAAAAGUUCAGCUUGGUGGGACUUGUUCAUCACUUCUUUAAUCAAACUAACCAAUCAGGAAUCUGCAGGCUUGAAGACUUCCAGGUUGUAUUCAUACUUGAUGGUCUGGAUGAGUGUCGACUUAAUUUGGACUUCAACAAAACUAAAAUCCUGACUGAAACCACAAAGUCCACCUCAUUGGAUGAGCUGCUGACAAACCUCAUCAGAGGGAACCUGCUCCCUUCUGCUCGCCUUUGGAUAACAACACGACCUGCAGCAGCCAAUCAGAUCCCUCCUCAGUGUGUCGACAUGGUGACAGAGGUCAGAGGGUUCACUGACCCACAGAAGGAGGAGUACUUCAGGAAGAGAUUCAGAGAUGAGGAGCAGGCCAGAAGGAUCAUCUCCCACAUCAAGAAAGCUCGAAGCCUCCACAUCAUGUGCCACAUCCCAGUCUUCUGCUGGAUCACUGCUACAGUUCUGGAGGAUGUGCUGGAAACCAGAGAGGGAGGACAGCUGCCCAAGACCCUGACUGAGAUGUACAUCCACUUCCUGGUGGUUCAGGCCAAAGUGAAGAAGGUCAAGUAUGAUGGAGGAGCUGAGACAGAUCCACACUGGAGUCCAGAGAGCAGGAAGAUGAUGGAGUCUCUGGGAAAACUGGCUUUUGAUCAGCUGCAGAAAGGAAACCUGAUCUUCUAUGAAUCAAACCUGACAGAGUGUGGCAUCGAUAUCAGAGCAGCCUCAGUGUACUCAGGAGUGUUCACACAGGUCUUUAAAGAGGAGAGAGGACUGUACCAGGACAAGGUGUUCUGCUUCAUCCAUCUGAGUGUUCAGGAGUUUCUGGCUGCUCUUCAUGUCCACCUGACCUUCAUCAACUCUGAACUCAAUCAGCUGGAAGAACAACAAACAACGUCCAUGUGGUCUAAAUUAUUUGAUAAACCAAAACUCCAAUCUCUCCACCAGAGUGCUGUGAACAAGGCCUUACAGAGUCCAAAUGGACACCUGGACUUGUUCCUCCGCUUCCUCCUGGGUCUUUCACUGCAGACCAAUCAGACUCUCCUACGAGGUCUGCUGACACAGACAGGAAGUAGCUCACAGACCAAUCAGGAAACAGUCCAGUACAUCAAGGAGAAGCUCAGUGAGAAUCUGUCUGCAGAGAAAAGCAUCAAUCUGUUCCACUGUCUGAAUGAACUGAAUGAUCGUUCUCUAGUGGAGGAGAUCCAACAGUCCCUGAGAUCAGGACGUCUCUCCACAGAUAAACUGUCUCCUGCUCAGUGGUCAGCUCUGGUCUUCAUCUUACUGUCAUCAGAAAAAGAUCUGGAUGUGUUUGACCUGCAGAAAUACUCUGCUUCAGAGGAGGCUCUUCUGAGGCUGCUGCCAGUGGUCAAAGCCUCUAAAACAGCUCUAUCGAGUGUCUGUAAUCUCUCAGAGGGAAGCUGUGAAACUCUGUCUUCACUACUCAGCUCCCAGCCCUCUAGUUUGAGACAGCUUGACCUGAGUAACAAUGACCUGAAGGACUCUGGAGUGAAAGUUUUGUCUUCUGGACUGAAAAGUCCAUAUUGUGAACUGGAAACACUCAGAUUGAGUGUCUGUAAUCUCUCAGAGAGAAGCUGUGAAACUCUGUCUUCACUACUCAGCUCCCAGCCCUGUAGUUUGAGACAGCUUGACCUGAGUAACAAUGACCUGAAGGACUCUGAAGUUUUCUCUUCUGGACUGAAAAGUCCAUAUUGUGAACUGGAAACACUCAGGCUGUCAGGCUGCCUGGUCACAGAGGAAGGUUGCAAGUCUCUGGUCUCAGCUUUUAGCUCCAGUUCUUCCCAUCUGAAAGAGCUGGACCUGAGCUACAAUAACCCAGGAGAGGCAGGCGUGAAGAUGCUUGAGCAGCUAAGACUGGACACUCUGAGGGUGGAGCCUGCUGGAGUCCGAUGGUUGGGACCAGGUCCAUACUUCAAAAUGAGGAGGACAUGCUACAACAAAACAGACUGGGUGAAUGUGAGACUUCGAGGAGGAGUACUGACACAUCCAUUUCAACGGGAAUGUUCUAGCUGCGGGGUAAUGGUCAUCAUGAUGGCCAAAGCAGUAAUGGAAGCAUUCCCAAAUAAACCAGAAAUGACAUUUUUGAUGACAAAAAAAGAGAUGGCCCAGGCACGAAGGACAUUUGCACAGACAAUACUUGAGGCCUCCGUAUUUGACAGUGACAACAACUGUGCCAUGUGUGCAACGGAGAAACCACCCAAUCCAGGACCCUCCAUCACUGACUGGAUCCAGUGUGAUAACUGCAACUGCUGGUUCCAUUCUGAAUGGCUGGACAUGACAAAUGAACAGCUCAGCAGCGCUCAGAAGACAGAGUGGAAGUGUGUGCUUUGUGUAACCUAAUUCCACAUGCAGUGAAAGCUACUAGAAUAAUCUGCUUAUAGUUAUUAUUGGUGUUUUGAGGAACACAUGUGUAAAACACAAUAUGUAUAACAUUCUUGCUUUGUGCACCUACUUUAAGUAUUUCCUUUUUGAUUUUUUUGAGUUGAUUUGUGUGAUGACAGAUAAUGAAUAACAAUAUAUCAAAACUGUGUAGUAGUAAUAUGAGACAUCAGUAAUCUGAGAAAUGUAAUUUCUCACCCCAACCAGUCGCGGCAGAUGGCCCCGCCCCUCCCUGAGCCUGGUUCUGCCGGAGGUUUCUUCCUGUUAAAAGGGAGUUUUUCCUUCCCACUGUCGCCAAAGUGCUUGCUCAUAGGGUUCAUAUGAUUGUUGGGUGUUUCUCUGUAUGUAUUAUUGUAAGGUUUAACUUAUUAUGUAAAGUGCCUUAAGGUGACAACUGUUGUGAUUAAGCGCUGAAUAAAUAAUGUCUAAAACUAAA